CAUUUAUCACUAACACAUUCUAGAGCAUGGUGGAGUCGGCAUUGGUCGGGCAUUUGCUCGACCCACGCUCCCCAUUGAACGUUGAAAGUUUACUGGAUGCCAUCACCGCUCUUUUGAUUGAUUGUAAAAUUCCUUCUUUGAUGCGUAUUAAAAGCAUAGACAGUUUCAUCAAUAGAUAUCAACAGGUCAUUGAACAGGUAUCCCAGCAGAGGCUAAAAGGCUCAGAUUUUCGGCUGCUAAAAGUCAUAGGCAGAGGUGCAUUCGGGGAGGUGCAGCUGGUGCGCCAUACCUUGACAAAUAAUGUCUAUGCAAUGAAGCUUCUCAAUAAAGAUGAUAUGAUCAAACGAUCAGACUCAGCUUUUUUCUGGGAAGAAAGGGAUAUAAUGGCUCAUGCGAACUCCGACUGGAUUGUUCGACUACACUACGCCUUCCAGGACCAAAGGUAUCUAUAUAUGGUCAUGGAGUACAUGCCAGGUGGCGAUCUCGUGAAUCUGAUGACAACGUAUGACGUACCAGAAAAAUGGACACGUUUUUACGCUGCAGAGCUUGUUGAAGCGCUUGCCGCUUUACAUUCAAUGGGCUAUAUUCAUAGGGAUGUUAAACCAGACAAUAUGUUGAUCUCACGGAGCGGUCACAUAAAGCUCGCUGAUUUUGGUACAUGUGUAAAAAUGAAUAAGAAUGGAGUUAUCAAGUGCUCCACUGCUGUUGGUACUCCUGACUAUAUUGCACCUGAGAUUCUGCAAAAUCAGGGCAAGGAAGCCGAGUUUGGCACGGAGGUGGAUUGGUGGGCUGUUGGAGUAUUCAUCUAUGAAAUGCUAAUUGGAGAGACGCCAUUCUUUGCUGAAGCCCUUGUUUCCACUUACUCCAAUAUAAUGGAUCACAAAAAUAGCCUUCGCUUUCCCGAUGAGCCGGCGAUUUCUGCGCAUGCAAAGGAUCUUAUUCGCAAGUUCCUGUCAUCGGCCGAUGUUCGACUGGGGAAGUCUGUUGAUGAAAUUCGACAGCAUCCAUUCUUCAAAAACGACGAGUGGACCUUUGAAACUCUACGAAAUGCUACACCACCGGUGAUACCCGAGUUGAAGGGCGACGAUGAUACCACACAUUUUGAGGACAUCGAAGCGAAACCGUUGCAAGAAUCAUUUCAGUUACCUAAAACUUUUAUAGGAAAUCAGUUACCUUUCAUUGGCUUUACAUAUUCGAAUGAGCUUAGCCCAAUUCUGAAAAUACAAGAAGCUGCUUCUUCUGCUAGCACUACCAGCGUGCUUUCCAACUCAUCCUCGAAGUCGAAUGGUAUAUCAGAGACCGAGUAUGAGGAAGUUACGCGGAAGCUUAGUGCAGCUCAAUCGGCAGUGUCAGAGUCGGAAAAGAAAUUACGAUCUCAGCUAGAAGAAUUAUCUAGGAAAGAAGAAACUAUUAGGAAGCUUGAAGACGAAGUAGCACGAUGUACCGAAAGCAUGCGAAUUUCGGAGAACGAUAUGAUGCAAAUGCAAGAACGGGUACGGCAGUUGACCGACUCUGCAAAUGACCGUCGAUUAGAGCAAGAGUUGAGAGUACAAAGAGAAGUAGUAAGAAGUUUAGAAGAGAAACUGUCAAAGGCGCGUGACGAUGAAGCAGCUGCCAAAGUAGAAACUCGAGAAGUGCUCAAUAAGCUUGCCGAAGAACAGGAAGCAAGUCGUCGGCAGGCCAUAACCAUAGGGGACCAGAAGAAAGAAAUAGAAACGUUACGGUCUAAAAUCACCGAUCAAAGCUCAAAGGAAGACGAACUCACCAGGAAGUUGAAGAAAGCUCUUGAAGAUAGGAAAGAGAAUGGAAUUUUCCAAGAGACUUUAUCGCUUGCUAAGCAAUCUGAGAUGGAGUUGGAGAAGAAGCUUGAGCAAUCCCUGAAGCAGAUUGAGCAACUGCGACGUGAGCUCUUCCAAGAGACCAAAAAGAAGAGCGAUGCGCAAGCUGAACUCACGAGUGUUGCUAAGAAACUUGCUGGAAGCACAUCAAAUGAACGUUAUCUCAUUGAGGAAAAUAACAAGCUUAAGAGGGAUCUUCAUGAUUACGAAGUGCGUCUCGAAGUGCUAAAACAAGAGAACUGUAGCUUAGAAUACAGGCUAAGCAACAGUCAAGAGGAGCAAAACAGAGAUCAGCAAUGCAUUAGCUUGUACCAAAACGAGCUCAAAAUGACACAAGAGCAUGCCGAAGAUCGCGAGAAGAUGCUCAGGAAUUCUGUCAUGGAGUGGGAGAAAAUGGCCGAUCAAUACAAAAGCCUGGUCGAAAACGAGCGAUUGGCUCGUCAGAUUGCUGAGACUAAUGUGAGUGAGUUUGACAAGGAAAAGACCAUGCUCAAGGAAGAGGUCAAGCAGCUUGUAGCGAGGCACGAGAAGGAGAUUCAAGCAAAAGACAUGCAGAUUGCUAUUCUCAGCGAGCGCGAAUCUGAGCUCGAGUUAUCUCGCUCAAUGAAUCAUCUGAGCGAAAAAGCUGCUGCAGUGGAGGAAGCAGAAGCAGAAAUUGCCGAUCUUCGAAAGAAACUGGAUCUCGAAAAGAUGUCAAAAAGAGCUGUCAUUUUGAAACUGGAAGAAGAGAUGGCUAAGCGAGUCAUUGACAAGAGAGGUGGCAAACAGCAUAUAACUAGAUCAGAUCUACUCAAGAAGGAUAGAGAAAUUAUCCAGCAACAGCAAGAGAACCGCCGUCUCUUAGCUAAGAUAGACGAGCUCUUCAGUGACAAAGAACGAAUGAUGACGGACAUGACGAAGGAGCUGGUAGAUGAGCAAAUGGAGAAUGACGCUUUGCGGAUGGAGUUGAGAGAGCUCAAAGAAGAAUUAGAUGAACUAAGACGCCGACGAGAUGGAACUAUCGAUGACACUAGAUCGGUCGAUUCUCGUGAUAGCAUUCCCCAUGCAAUUCGUAAUCUGCCGCAUGCUGGUUGGGUAUCUAUGAAACCUGAAAAGAGAAGUGCCGGAAGCAGGAAAUUGAAGUGGGUACAAUACUAUGCUGUGCUCAAUCAUGUGGCAUUCCAACUUUUCCCAGAUGAGAAGCCUCAUUCAGCUGCAGUGAUGUCUAUCGACACACGUCAAUUAUGCCACGUUCGCCUCGUUACGGCAGCUGAUGUUCGCGUUGCUGAUGCUGAGCAAAUUCGCAGAAUAUUCCACAUUAUGUUUGACGAUCGUGAUAAUGGUUCCACAAGUCGAAAUGCUUCAACAAAUGACUUGAGCAUUGCAUCAAUGUCACAGAAAGAUGAGGCCUGGAAAAACCACGACUUCCAAGAGCUUACAUUCCACGUGAGCACUUACUGUGACAUCUGCCAUAAGAACCUCUCUGGUCUUUUGCGACCAGCUCCAGCUUAUGAAUGCAAAAAUUGCCGACUGAAGAUUCACAAGGAUCACAUAAACUCCUCGCAGUUAUCUGCUUGUAAAUACACCGGUGUUGUUCGGGAAUGGCUUCUUAUGGCGUUGACACGUGAGGAAUGCAACCAAUGGGUUAAUCUCCUUCAACGAGUGAUGGCAUCACAUGGAUCAAAUCCCAUCUCUCGCGUAUCGUCGAAGAUCCGCCACCAGCCAUCCAGUAGCCUUUCUGGAAGCAUUAAUUAAUUUUGCUUUCAUUGUCAGAUGAGCUCAUCAAUUUGUAAAUUUUUAUGUAUUAUUUGCAAGAUGUUGCGUUGCGAUUGAUAAUAUUGCCUUUUAUUUUCUGACCGUUCACUGCUUUAUCUGUUUCUUUUGAGGAUUUAUUUUCACAGAUUGGAAGUGUGUAAUCAUGCAUUCUUUUCACAUUUACCUCGUUAUAUAUCAAUUCCCGUCAUCACUUCCAUUAACCCUAUUUAUUCACUGUGCAAUGUUGUGCUCUUACAAACCGUAUGGGUUCCGGUUCACUCCCAUUGUUGGGAAUCACUUAAAAUAUUAAUAUCUCGUUACCCUCGAUGCCUUUUGUAAACAUCACUUCCUUGUUGGCAGCGGUAUUCAUUCGCUCCAGCUCUUCACUUUAUACCUGUUCGCUCCGCUUACGCAUCUUCGCACAAAUGUUUCGCUUCCAUGUUCUCAUAUCGGCACAACUUUGUGUUUUGAAAUGUUUUACGAUAGAUUAUUUGUACAUUAAACUGGUCCCGUAUAAGGUUAUACCGUAAACGAAUGUGAUCAUACCAUAUCUAUGCUAAAAAUGUCAGCAGUAAAUGUUGAACGAUUCAUG